GUUGUGAUAAACUUAUUAAAUAGAUAUGAAUGUAUCCUGUUAUGAGCGAAGUCUCAACAUUCUGAAGGAGGCAGUUGUUCUACCAGUUCGUUUCCCAGAGCUAUUUGCAGGACGAAACGCUUGGCGCGGCAUCCUAUUAUUUGGGCCCUCAGGUGCUGGGAAAACGAAACUAGUGAAUGAUUCAAUUGCUUUGACUCAAAAUUCCGCAGCAGUGAUUCGGGCACAUGGAAAUGAUCUUGUUCCAUCGAACUGUGUUAGAAAUGGUUGUAACCCUGAAAGUGCUGUCGUGGAUAUCUUUAACGAAGUCAAGAAAACUCUUCCGAAACCUGUGAUUCUGUUCAUUGACGAUUUUGAGUGUCUUUUAAACGAAAGCGAAAAAAUCUCGCCAGAGGCAUGUAGAAGAAUAACCACAGAGCUGCUGGUACAAAUCGACGAUUGUGACAAACAACCAGGUGUGUCUGUGAUCGUCGCGGCUACUAGUAAACCAUGGGAUAUCUGCUGUCCGGUUCGGAAGAGGUUCGAUAGACUGGUUUAUGUCACGUUGCCAGACCAACAAACUCGAUUUGCCAUUAUAAAACAUGAGUUCACGAAUUUUCAACACAACUUGACAGAUGAGUUCUUUGAGUAUUUGGCAAGUGUGACUGAAAGGUUCUCCUGUAGUGAUUUGGUGAUGUUGGCCCGUGAUGCUUGUUGGAAUUCAGUUCGCAAACUGCAAAAUUCGUCCCAAGUUCAGAAUUUAAUGAAGCAAGAUGAAAAGAUGCAGAUGAACCUAAAAAACACGACUGGAAACCCUAGUCAUAACCAAGAGGGCCGGAAAGAUAGUUUGUAUCAGAUGUUAAACGAGCAGUCUGUUCUUAAGUGUGACGUUGACGAUGCAUUGCUGAAUAUGAAGAAAUCCGUAGAUGAUGAGGAAAUUGCCAAGUUUGAAAGCUUCAAUGAAAACUAUGGACAAGAUUGAAUUUCAUUGUGUGUUCUAAUUGGUAGCUUAGACUUCUCGAGUUAAUUUAUAUGGAAUUUAGAUAAAUUUUGAAUAUUGUUGUUGCAUGU